AUGCUUCCGACUCUUGUUAGAAGAAGAUGGACGAGAUUGUCAACGAGGAAUCUAAAACCCACCUGGAAACUGUUCACCGGAGACGCAAGUAGCAGCGGAAGAACACUCGCGAGAGGAGUAAGCAGUGGAGCAGAGAAGAUAUCUAAAGAGAGAGUAGACGCUGUCGUGAUCGGUGCCGGAGUCGUGGGUUUAGCGGUGGCGCGUGAGCUCAGUCUCCGCGGAAGAGAAGUGUUGAUCCUCGACGCUGCCUCAUCGUUCGGCACCGUGACGAGUUCCCGCAACAGUGAGGUCAUCCACGCCGGAAUCUAUUACCCUCCAAACUCUCUAAAGGCUAAGUUUUGUGUAAGAGGGAGAGAGUUGAUGUAUAGGUAUUGCUCAGAACAUGGAAUCCCUCACAGGAAGAUAGGCAAGCUUGUAGUUGCUACAGGAUCCUCUGAGAUAGCGAAGCUUGAUCUGUUGAUGCAUCUUGGAACUCAAAAUGGAGUUUCGGGUUUAAGGAUGUUGGAAGGUUUUGAAGCAAUGAGGAUGGAGCCGGAGCUUCGUUGUGUUAAAGCAUUGCUGUCUCCUGAUUCUGGGAUAGUGGAUACACAUUCUUUGAUGCUAUCUUUAGUGGGACAAGCUGAGAACAGUCACGCAACGUUCUCGUACAAUACAGUGGUUUUAAGCGGUCGUGUUGAAGAAGGGAAGAUGCAUUUGUUGGUUGCUGAAACUGGAUCGUUUGAGUCUCGGUGUGAGGGAGUAGCUGAGCUUGAGUUGGUACCUAAUCUCGUUGUUAACUCUGCGGGAUUAGGUGCUCAAGCUCUAGCUAAGAGACUCCAUGGUUUAGGUCAUCGGUUUAUUCCUUCUUCUCACUAUGCUCGUGGAUGCUACUUUACGCUAUCUGGUGCAAAGUCUCCGCCUUUUGAUAAACUUGUGUAUCCUAUACCUGAGGAAGGAGGUCUUGGUGUUCAUGUCACUGUUGAUUUGAAUGGAGUUGUGAAGUUUGGUCCUGAUGUUGAGUGGAUUGAAUGCAGAGAUGAAAACUCAUCAAGCUUCCUCAACAAAUUUGAUUAUGGUGUGAACCCACAACGAGCUGAGAGAUUCUACCCUGAGAUUAGAAAGUACUAUCCUGAUCUUAAAGAUGGAUCGUUGGAACCUGGUUAUUCAGGCAUCCGUCCCAAGCUUUCUGGUCCAAAACAGCGACCCUCAGAUUUUGUCAUACAGGGGGAAGAGACUCAUGGAGUUACUGGCCUUGUGAAUCUCUUUGGCAUCGAGUCGCCUGGUUUAACUUCAAGCUUGGCUAUUGCAGAACAUGUUGCAAACAAGUUCUUAUGA